AUGUCUCGUCCUGAAGAUAUCCUCCCGCCAGAUUUGUUCUACGACGAUGUCGAAUCUCGCAAAUACACGACUUCCUCACGGAUAAAAUCCAUCCAGGCGGACAUGACCAACCGUGCUCUUGAACUCCUCGAUCUACAGGAACCUUCCUUCAUUCUCGACAUUGGGUGCGGCUCAGGCUUGUCGGGAGAAAUACUCUCAGGCGUAGAACCAGAGGACGGAGGACCGCACACCUGGGUAGGAAUGGACAUUUCAGCAUCGAUGCUGGCACAGGCAUUGGAAAAAGACGUCGAGGGCGACAUGUUGCUUGCAGAUAUUGGACAAGGCAUACCAUUCCGUGCAGGAACAUUCGACGCGGCAGUUUCAAUUAGUGCGAUACAGUGGCUCUGCAAUGCCGAAACCUCGGACGUGUCGCCGGAAGGCCGACUGAAACGCUUCUUUGAUGGACUCUACGCAAGCCUACGCCGCGGCGGUCGUGCCGUCUGUCAAUUCUACCCCAAAAACAUCCAACAGCGAACGAUGAUCUCGAGCGCCGCUAUCAAAGCAGGAUUCGGUGCCGGUAUUCUCGAGGACGACCCAGAGACCAAGAACGUCAAGGUCUACCUCUACCUCACAGUCGGCGGUGCAGACGUCACAGGAGCAGUACAGGGCAUGGAUGGUGUGGACGUGCUCGACGCGCGACGCCGGGAAAUGCGCAGCCAACGCAAACGCGGUGAAGAGAAGAAGGGCAGCAAGGCCUGGAUCAUGCGCAAGAAGGCCCAAAUGGAAGCCAAGGGCAAAGUGGUCAAGACGAGUUCCAAAUACACCGGACGUAAGCGAAAGAUUGCAUUCUGA